AAAGAAAAAAAAAAGAUGACAUUACAGUGGGAGCAACUGAAUAAAAAAAUAUAAUGUCAAUUGUCAAUAAUAUUGACCAAAUUUGAACAGAAAAAAACGAAAAAUAAAACAAACUUUAAAUUAAUAAUCUAUACGUCAUAGUUAUUAUUUAUUGUAGUGAUUACAAAUAGCAAAAAAUACAGAAGGAAUAAACAUCAUGUCGUUUUGCGGGAGUAUCCCCGCAUCAAAGUGAAAGUGACGGUCACCUGCUCUCCUCCGUCACUGUGACGUCACGCGGGGCGCUCUGGGCAGCGCAGCGGAGGAAGUCGCUGCUUUUCCCGGCUGAGGCGCGGAGUGACGGUCGCUCGGUCUGUCGGCGUGUCCGCCUGCGGGUGACCCCUCUUCUCCUCCGGCAGGUGGACACGAUGAACUAUGUGGGCCAGUUGGCGGGCCAGGUCCUGGUGACGGUGAAGGAGUUGUACAAGGGGAUCAACCAGGCGACUCUGUCAGGCUGCAUCGAUGUCGUUGUUGUCAGACAGCCUGACGGGACGUUCCAAUGCUCCCCGUUCCAUGUGCGCUUUGGAAAACUGGGGGUUCUGCGGUCCAGAGAGAAAGUGAUUGACAUAGAGAUCAAUGGAGAAGCUGUGGAGCUGCAAAUGAAGCUUGGAGAUAACGGGGAGGCCUUCUUCGUUCAGGAAACAGAGCAAAGCACUGAGAUCGUUCCCGCCCACCUGGCGACCUCGCCAAUUCCCACCGAAGAAGCUCUGAUCAGGACCAGAGAGUCCAGAUGUGAGAGGUCGUCCGCGGGGAUCGGUCAGCCUGUCGACCCGGCAGAUCCGGCCUCCGGAGACCUUCACGUCUGCUCCGGCUCCACCGGCAAGAAGAAGAAGCGGCGGAGGAGGAAGCACAAAACCGACCCACGCAAGGAGGAGCAGGCGUGUGCCGUCGUAGAGCCGGACGGGUGCGAGAACAGCUCAGAUGAGGAUCCGCAUUUGGUUGGGCGGGAGUCGUCACUGCUUUCGGACCGCAGACAUUCCCCUGUCAGUGCUCUGGAGUGGGACAGCUACCCGUUCUCUGAUGGCGACUGGUCCCCCUGCAACGUGGAUGUGUCCGAGUCCAUUUCACCUAAAAGUGACUCGGAGCUGAUGGUAAAGCCGGCGGAGAGUGCGCUCAGGGCCGAGUCCCACAUGCAGUGGAGCUGGGGGGAGUUUCCAGAAUCAACCCGAGUCAACAAAAAGGAUAAAUCAGAGUCAAAGACUUUAACCAUCACUCCUUCAGAAAACACACACUUCAGAGUCAUCUUGACCUCGGAGGCCAUGGCGGCAGAACCCGCUGCAGGGCAGGAAACCACACAACCCGUUUGCCAUCUUGUGAAACCAGAACCCCGCACCAUCAAACCCGACCAGCUCCCCGACGCUUCGGCCAAGUCGGACCUCCCCAGCAGCUUCUCCUCUGAGCCGGGUUCAGACAUUAGAGCAAAAAAUACUCCCAAAGCCAGGUGGACUUCUUCACCGCCAAGUCGCAGAGACAGCUGCUCUGCUGCCAGUACCGGAAACAAGAAAACCGCAAACUCGACAGCUGUUUGUUCGGACGCAGAAGCCGGCAAAGUCACAGACUCCCCAGUGAAGAGGAAAGUUGUGAGAAAACGGAGCCAACAUCAGGGACCGGAAGAUAUUUACCUGGAAGACCUGAACGCUCUGGAACCUGACGUUGCUGCUCGCUAUUUUCCAAAAAGUGAGUCCGAACAGGCCUCCAAACACUGGGUGGAGCCGGGUCAGCACUCGGGGUCCCAGUCGCCCCAGUCAGUGGGCAGCGCGGCGGCGGACAGCGGGACGGAGUGUCUGUCGGACUCUGCUGGCGAUCUUCCUGAUGUCACCCUGUCUCUGUGUGGAGGUGUGGGGGAGAACUCGGAAAUUCCCAAAGAAAAAUUUAUGGAACACAUCAUCACCUACAAUGAAUUUGCUGAAAAUCCGGCAAUCAUCGACAAUCCUAACCUGGUGGUCAGAAUAGCAAACAGAUACUACAACUGGACACUGGCGGCACCGCUGAUCCUUUGCAUGCAGGCUUUCCAAAAGAACUUGCCAAAGGCUACAGAAGAGGCUUGGGUGAAGGAGAAAAUGCCCAAAAAGUCUGGACGCUGGUGGUUCUGGAGAAAAAGCAGCACCAAGCAGUUAUCGGAGACCAAGCUGGAGAGUCAAGAUUCCCUGAGCGGGGAGAGCCCUGCCCUCCAUCAGGCCGCAGACACGCGGAAGAAAGGUGCAGAGUGGUCCAGUGACGACGAGACUAAAGAACUGAACGCGGCAGCACCGGCUCGCACCGCCACUGAGCAUGUGCAGACGGACGGCUCAGCUCCGGCACAGUGCCACUUAUACAAGAAGUCCCUCCGCCUGUCCUCGGAUCAAAUAGCCAGUUUGAAGCUACGAGACGGACCAAACGACGUCACCUUUAGCAUAACGACUCAGUACCAGGGAACGUGUCGCUGCGAAGGCACCAUCUACCUGUGGAACUGGGACGACAGGGUCAUCAUCUCAGACAUUGAUGGAACCAUCACCAAAUCCGACGUGUUCGGACAGAUUCUGCCUCAGCUCGGUAAAGACUGGACCCACCAGGGGAUCGCAAAGCUUUACCACUCGGUUCACGAGAAUGGCUACAAGUUCCUGUACUGCUCCGCUCGAGCCAUCGGCAUGGCCGACAUGACUCGAGGGUACCUGCACUGGGUGAACGACAGGGGGACGCUGCUGCCUCAAGGACCCCUCAUGCUGUCCCCCAGCAGCCUCUUCUCUGCCUUCCACAGAGAAAUCAUCGAGAAGAAGCCAGAAAAAUUCAAGAUUGAAUGUCUCACAGACAUCAAGAACUUGUUCCUACCAAACACUCAGCCCUUUUAUGCUGCUUUUGGAAACCGGAAGAGUGACGUUUUCGCUUACAAGCAAGUGGGUGUCCCAGUGUGCCGGAUUUUCACGGUGAAUCCGAAAGGGGAGCUAAUCCUGGAGCAAACGAAAGGCAAUAAAACGUCUUACAGCAGGCUGAGCGAGCUGGUGGAGCAUGUUUUCCCUUUGAGAAGCUCUCAACACAACGUCACUUUCAGCUGCCCGGAGUUCAGCUCCUUCAGUUACUGGAGGCAGCCCAUCGCUCCGGUGUGCCUGGAGGAGCUGCUCUGACCUCCACUCCUCCUCCAGAAGAGACGGAUGCUGCCGUAUUUUUACCGCCUCUUAUCUCCGUAACAACUGCCUACGACAUCCUUUCUAUGAAAGUGACACUUAGUGUGGAGACGACACACAUUCCUCCUUUGAUCAAAUUUAUUCUGAAGAUUUUUUUGCUGCUGCUGCAGUUUUUUUUUUCCAUAUUUGGUGGGUAAAUGUGCAAAGUAAGUUGUUAGUAGGACUGAAGCUGUUGCUGUGCACAGUAUACUUUAUGUUUGUAGUAAAAACUGGAAAAAAGAUAAAAAAGUUUUAAUAAACAGAUUUAUAAGCACCAA